GCCCGCGAGCGGGGCCUCGCGGCGAAGGAGCAGGAGCAGCGAGACCGCCAGCAGCGCCUCUGCGAGCAGGAUCGCGAGGUCGCCCUGGCCCGCCGGGCCCUCGAGGAGCGCGAGGCGGCCGCCGCGGAGCGCGAGCGGGGCCUGGCGGAGCGCGUGCAGGCCAUCGGGGACGCCGAGCGCGGAGCCGGCGAGGCCGAGGCGCAGCGCGGCUCGCUGCAGGACCUCGCGCGGGCGCUGGAGCAGGAGCGCGCCGCGUUGA